AUGCCCAGUGGCUCAUGUGGUUGGACCAAUUGUCGCAGCAAGUCCCUCAUCCGCGACGACAUCACGAAGAGACUGGUAUGUUCUGCUUGCGGCCUCGUCCAGGAGUUCGAUAACUUCGAUGCCCAACUCGGUGGCCUCAAUGGCCCCCAAGGCACCUUCGUUCGCGUCGGCACACCAGGUACAGGCACCCUUCACAAUUACAAGGAAACGAAAGUCGACGCGGCCCAAACCCUAAUCGAAAGCAUGACGUUUAGCUUAGGUCUGUCUAGUUCCAAAUCCAACGACGUCAAAACAAUGAUCGCCACGAUUACUGAGAACGAAUUCGGCCAAGGCGAUUGGUUCCCUAUUCUAAUCGGCGCUUGCGCCUAUGUCGUGAUGAUAAAAGAUAACAAAUUGUUAUCGAUUGCUGAGGUGGCGUCGAUUAUUGGUUGUAAUAUUUUCGAAUUAGGUAGAAUGGUUUCGCACGUGGUCGAUUUCUUAGACUUGAAAGGGCUUGAGGAGUUUCCGGAAUUUGACAUCGUGGCCUAUUUCCAACGGACAAUGAGGAAUAGCCCAAGGUUUACGGGAGUGCGGAGGGAUAAGGUGGCAAGAAUGCUCAAGCAAGGGAUAUUUCUCAUUCAGUGUGCAGAGAGGUCGCCUACUUGACGAAGGGAAGUAUUCGCACGAAGGGGAAGAUGGGAUUUCACAAGUUGAA